AUGAGUAAUGGAGAUCAUUUUGUCGUAGUGCAAACCACAGAGGCUGGAGCUCCUUUGUUGUCGGUGGUUCCACAUCAGUGGGUUCGUGGGAAUGUUCUGUUGUGGCCUACCAAAAAUGCGAACAGCUUGUGCAAGGAUGCUUCCUCGAAGCCAGCCGCUUCUUGGAGUAAACUUCCUUGUGUAGUCAAACGGAAACAUAUUGCAACUUAUGCAGCAGCGGAGCAGCAAGCAGCCGACCUGUCAGGAAUGUCAACAGACGUAUCGGACUUCGCACCACGGAAAAAAACCAAAAAGAAUCCGAGAAUACAUUUCCUGCAAUCACAACAGCCAACGGCCGAACAGUAUUUAAACGCGUCCAACCUUUUGCAAUGCAUCAUAGACAAUGACACAGUCAGCCAAUCACUUCAGCCAUCUCAAAUAGUCCUUCAAACCUCCAACCAAGAAUAUCUUCAACAGGAGAACACAGAGGAUAACAAUGUUAUUUCUGGAGAAUACGUGCUCAAUAUCUCACAGCCUUCCCUAGAUAGCGAAAAGAUCGUACAAGACAUAUCAAAGAAAAUUGAAGAACAAUGUGCGAAAACCAAAACGGAAAUCGUUAAUACUAUUGAGGUAUUGCUGGUGAGAACAGUAGCUGCAUUGAAAAGCGACUUCGAUGUCAAAAUAGCAGCUGUAUUCCGUUCACAGGCAAACAAUAUUGUAGACAACCAAAACUUUACUUUCUCACCAGCGGCAUCAAUCGAAGAUAUUAAACAAUUAGAAAAGAAUUUGACUGAUGAAACUUAUACUGAUAAACUUAUGGUCUUUAUGCAUAAAGUAAUUGGUCAUACUGGUGACAAUUGUAACGGUCAAAAUAUGUGCUAUGCUUUGGUCGACCAGUUCUUCGAGCGUAAUGUCAUGUUGAAUUGCUCAUGGAGCGGGGGAAGCAAGAGCAAUAUUCCGAAGUUUGCAAUGAAAGAUUGCAAAAAUAUUUCAUGUGUUUUCUUCAGAAUCGUUCAUAACGGUAACCCUACCUUUUCGAAAAAACUCCUGGAAAAUUUUUUCAAGCAGGUGUUGCGAAACUCGAAAACACGUAGUCAAGCAAAAGGCUUGCGCCAACCAACGAUUCAUCGGAGAGGUAAACAAAAAGCGAAGAAAUGUGAUAAAGAAACGAACAAUAUUAACAAUUCCCUGACGGAAAUCCUGAAAAUUGAGAAUCACGUUUUGAAUCUGAAUGAAAUUGAAGAAGAAGAUGGCGUUCAAGAAUACGACAAGAAUAAUCCGCUUGAGGAAUAUGAAAAAGAGGAAAUUUGUGAAAAUAUCGGAGAAGAUGUUGAUACCGAUGAUGCUGACGAUGAAGACGGCGAUGAAAUUGGAACGGAAGAUGAAGACAGCAAUGAAGUCGAAGAUAAACAAGAAGAUAAUCUAGCCAUUAAUAAAAAUGAGAUAGUAAUGUAAUUUUGAUAAUUCUCAUAUAGCAUAAAUUAGAAGUUUUAAUGUGUUACUUUUAUUAAAAAUUUCCUGAAGUUGUUUUUAAUGUAAAUUUGACAUGUUUGCUCGCUUAAAAUACAUAUGUUUCUAGAAACUUUGAACUGUUAAAUUUGUUGAGCUUGUGUUUAUCUUUUUAGUCAGCACAAAAUGUAUGAAGUAACGGUAACAAUACAACAUUGUUUCGCGUAUACGGGACAACUACAAACUUACAAAACAUUUCAUUUAUAGUGUAUGCCUUCCUGGAACUAAUACAUAAAUUUGUCAAAAAAAUAUAUAGUUUUGAUGAAGGAAUUGGAAAAUCAAAAAAGUUAUAGAAAUUUGAUACGGGGGAGCCAUGAAUAGUAAUGUUAUUAAAAAUAUCAAUUGUAGCAU